AUGGAACUUGGCGUUAGCGCUGUUAGCCGCAUUAGCAUCAGCUCUGUUCGUGCCCCACUCCUCUCCCUCCAGGCCCGGUGUCUCUUUUGGCUGCAGACUGCUGCUUUUGGCACACAGGGCUCCAGACUGGAUGCUAAUGAAGCCUGGCCGCGGUCCCAGUCCGGUUUCCCCGAUUGUGAGGCUGCCCCGAAGGCUAACGCUAACGGCCAAAUAGACAGACGCCGCGCGCUAACGGGCCCCACGGCUAAUGCUAACCGGAUUGCGAUGCCGUUAGCCAAACCGACAGACGCACGGCUAACACAGGCAUCCUGCUAA